AUGAAGUCAACAUGAGUGGACUUCCCUCUUCUUUUCAAAUUUUAUUAAAGUUUGUUAGGUCAAGGAGGUCAAAGGAGGAAAAAAAGAGGUGAAAAGAGAAAGGCAAAAAAGUAGUGACUUUUCCCAACUUUUUUCAAUGCAGUAACAUUAAAAAGUGUUCCAGUAUGGAAUUCAAUGCAGGGAUUUCCAAAGUCAUCACUCGGUCAUCACUCGGUCACUUUUGCGUGGCCUCCUCCAUUUUGCUUGCUCUUCUCUUGCAGGUUGGGUGGCAGAGAGAGAGACCCCACGAUGGAGGAGAGGAAGAAGAAGAGCCCCAAGGCUCACCUCAGCCAACCGGUGCCUGCAAGUGCGCUGCGCAAGCUGCCUGGCCCGGCCAGCAAGAGUGCCUCUUUCUCGCUGGGGACGCCACACCUCCCGUCUCCAAGGCCAAGAGCCAAGUUUAAGAGAGCAAGCAAGGAGACGUCACGAGUUCCCCAGCUUGGGGGCAAUGCGGGGUCUGUGGUGGGCACCCCCCUGCAGCAUUCCUUCCUGACCGACGUCUCUGAUGUGUAUGAAAUGGAAGGGGGUCUCCUUAACCUGCUGAAUGAUUUCCAUUCAGGGAAGCUGCAAGCUUUUGGCAGAGAAUGUUCCUUUGAGCAGCUGGAACAUGUGCGGGAGAUGCAGGAGAAACUUGCCCGCCUGCACUUCAGCCUGGAUGUCUACGUGGAGGAACUUGUGGAAGAUCAGAAGAAAACUGUGGCUGACAGGAAUCUGGACCAGCUGUUGACCAAUCUGGAAGAACUCAGCAAUUCCAUGUAUCCUUUUUGUAGGGCCCAAUGGGGUUCUCCUGGCAAAUUGGUCCGGAGGUGGGAAAGGAAGAAGGAUGUGAAUGGGGUGCCAUUUCAGAGAACACUGUGGCCUAUGGGGAGGCAGUGUAUGGGUGUCCAUGGGGAUGGUGGUAUCUUGUGUAUAGGACUUCAUUGUGCUUUGUCCUGGACACCUGAGUCCAAGGGACAGCCAAUCUCUUGUCUACAACAACUCUAAUUAAGAUAAUCUAAUACAGUAUCUCUGCCAUUGGGUAACUUGUACAAAGUACAUGUAGUGCUUGACUUAACACCUUAAUGGAGCCUGGAAUUUCCAUAUGUCAUGAUGGUCAUAACUUGAGACACCCAUAGGAUCGCCUUGAUUUUACAACAUUUUUUGAAGCGGUUGCUAAGUAGAUGCUGUGCUUGUUAAGAGAACCCAUUGUCCACAAACUGGUAUUUACAUCCAUAAAACACCAUAAAUCAUGAUCAUAUGACCCUGCAAACAGCCAUAAAUACAGGCUGAUUGCUGAGCAUCCAACAUGCAACCAUGUGACUGCAGAUAGGGACAUGGCCAUUGGACCUCUGAAUGUGGGUUUUUGUACCUUUCAAUAAUUGCUAUGCAACCAGUUCUAAAUUGUGGAGUACAUGUAUUACAAGUGAGCUCCUUUCUCCCAUCAACAACCUGUGGACAAAAAUGCUAAUUUAUCUUAGAAGUUUGGUAACCAAAACAUUGCAAUCCAGGCUAAAAUGACCUUGGGUGGCUCAUGUGAAACUACCCACUCAAUUGUUACGAGAGCCAACCUGUGCUAAAUUACGGGAGUGCUAAAUUUUGCACCUUGCAUAAAUCCACAUUCGGUCAUAAAGCUCACAGACUGAUCUUGAGAACUGUCAGUGUGCAAUUAUUCCAUGAGCCACGUCUAUGUUGCUUGGUACUCCCAAAUCCAAGCCAGCAGUCUUAACAGAUGUUCCAAGUAGACAGGGUUGGUGUGGGUUACACUUCCAGGUUCCUCAAUGUUCAUGUUACAUCUUGCAGAUUCAAUAGAGAGCUACAAUCUAAACUAAGUCAGCAUGGCUGAUGUUCAUAACAAUAUUAUACUUCAUAGGAUGAACCAAUGGCAAAGAUGUCCCUGGGUGGAUGAGGGUCAAAGAAGGCAAGAUCAGCGUUUUUCAACUUUGGCAACUUUAAGAUGGUGGACUUCAUCUCCCAGAAUUCCCCAGCCAGCAAGUCUGUUGAGGUGCGCCCAUCUUAAAAGUUGACAAAGUUAAGAAACAUUAGUCAAGACAAGGACUGUAGCUACGCAAUCAAAGCCUUGCUCUUUUGUUUACAUGUAUUUGCACCUGUAAAAAAGGGUGGGACUUUCGUUGUGGCUGCCAUCUUGGCUUUUUUCACCCGGAUGCAAUCAUGCAUGAAGAUUAGCCAGGAUUCCUUGCCGUUGGUCAUUUGGACUGAGAUGGAUAGGAGCUGAAGUCCAAAACUUCAGGCAGCUGGUCUAUCCGAACUAUAGAAGCCCGGAGAAAUGGUUGCUCUCCGUCUCCUCCUACUCAUUUCUUAA